AUGUCUCUUGAUCUCUUUUCGUCCAGGUUCUUGUUUUCUUCUGGCGCUGCCAAGAAGCUCCCCAGCAGGAGAAGGGUCACGUUCGUUGCUGCCGCUCCUUCGUCUCCGUCCACACCAUCGCCGGCACGGUCGCAGGAUGCCUCCUCCUCUUCCAGGCAAAGGAGUGUACGUGCCACGCCGUUGAGUCCCAGCAAAGGUGUGUCUCGACCCGCCGGUAGCAAUGGCAGGACUAGGAGGAGGAGGCAGAGGAAGACGGUCGAGGGAGGGCAAGAACAAGGCGGCUGCGUGCCAUCGGUGGAGGAGGCGUCCAUAAAGGUAGGGACGCUGUAUGAGAACGGCGAUCCACUAGGGCGGAAGGAGCUUGGCCGGUGUGUGGUGGAGUGGCUAAGGCAGGGGAUGCAGUCCAUGGCAUCCAAAUUCGCUUCCGCCGAGCUUCAGGGUGACAUGGCGGACCUCACCACAGCGGCAUUGACUCUGAAUUGGGCAUCGGCAGAAGGCCAGCUUGGAUUUGUGAUCCAGGCACAGCCUUAUCUCUCAUCCAUCCCCAUGCCCAAGGGUCUGGAGUCACUCUGCUUCAAGGCCUGUACGCACUACCCCACCCUUUUCGACCAUUUCCAGCGUGAGCUCCGUGGUGUCCUGCUGAGUUAUCAGAACCAGGGGCUCAUCUACGACUGGCGCUCCACGCAGACAUGGAAGCUGUUGAAGGAAAUGGCCAAUUCUACUCAUCACCGGGCAGCUGUGCGCAGGACGACACCACGAACUAAAGCAGUUCAUAGUAGCAUCGGCAUAAGCCUCAAGAAGGUAAGGCUGAUGCAGGAUAGGAUUGAAGACUUUGUGAGGCAUAUGUCAGAGCUACUGCGCAUCGAGCGAGAUGCGGAGCUGGAGUUUACACAGGAGGAGCUGAAUGCCACCACUAUGCUCGACAACAAUUCCAAGCCAUCCAAGCCAGUUGAGUACUUGGUGACCCAUGGGCAGGCUCAGCAGGAGCAGUGUGACACCAUUUGCAACUUGAGUGUCAUCAGCAGCUCAACUGGAUUGGGAGGUCUACAUUUGGUUCUGUUCAGAAUUGAAGGUGAACACAAGCUGCCUCCAACGACACUGUCACCUGGGGACAUGGUUUGUGUGAGAACAUGUAAUAGCCGUGGUGAGGGAGCCACUUCUUGCAUGCAAGGCUUUCUUUAUAAUCUCGGGGAGGACGGUUGCAGCAUAACUGUGGCUCUGGAAUCUCGCCAUGGUGACCCAACCUUCUCCAGGUUAUUUGGGAAAAGUGUGCGCAUUGACCGGAUACAGGGAUUGGCUGAUGCACUUACUUAUGAGCGGAAUCUUGAAGCAUUGAUGCUGCUUCAAAGGAAUGGUUUGCUGAAAAGUAAUGCUUCCAUUGAUGUGGUAGCUACUCUGUUCGGUGACAGCAAAGAUGUUAUGAAGAUGGAGCAGAAUUGCCUGAUUGAUUGGGGUGAAUCAAGUCUACCUGAUCCAAGGCUAUCAGAGAGGUGUGCAUUUGAUGACUCCCAGUUAAGGGCUCUCUCAUUAGGCCUGAACAAGAAGAGGCCUGUUCUAGUCAUCCAGGGGCCUCCUGGCACGGGCAAGACAGUUUUGCUCACGGAACUCAUUGUACGUGCUGUCCGACAAGGUGAAAGUGUCCUUGUGACAGCUCCAAGCAAUGCGGCAGUCGAUAACAUGGUUGAAAGGUUGUCAAGAACUGGCUUAAACAUUGUGCGAGUUGGAAACCCUGCUCGAAUAUCACCAUCGGUUACUUCGAAGUCCUUGGCAGAGAUUGUAAAUGGAAGGCUUGGUCAGUUUAGGAAGGAGCUUGAGAGAAAGAGAACUGACUUAAGAAAGGACUUGAGGGACUGCAUAGAGGACGAUUCUUUAGCUGCAGGCAUUCGUCAACUUCUGAAGCAACUUGGGAGGGAUCUGGAAAUGAAAGAAAAAGAAACGAUCAUGGAAGUGCUAUCUGAUGCACAGGUUGUGCUUUCUACUAACACAGGGGCAGCCGAUCCACUUAUCAGGAAAACUGGUUGUUUUGACUUGGUAAUUAUAGAUGAAGCAGGUCAAGGAAUUGAGCCCUCUUGCUGGAUUCCCAUACUGCAGGGAAAACGUUGUAUUCUUGCGGGUGAUCAUUGCCAACUUGCACCUGCCAUAUUGUCAAGGAAGGCCCUGGAAGGUGGGCUUGGUAAAUCUAUGAUGGAAAGGGCUUCAUUGUUGCAUGAUGGAUUACUUACUACAAGACUGACAGUCCAGCAUAGAAUGCAUGAUUCAAUAGCCAGUUGGGCAUCUAAAGAGAUGUAUCAGGGGUUACUCCAGUCUUCUCAUUCUGUUGCUUCGCAUCUUCUUGCCGACUCUCCAGUUGUAAAGGAUACUUGGAUAACACGGUGCCCACUGCUUUUACUUGAUACCCGAAUGCCAUACGGAAUUCUAAACGUUGAUUGUGUGGAGCAUUUAGACCCUGCUGGCACAGGAUCAUUUUAUAAUGAUGGAGAAGCAGACAUAGUUACACAGCAUGUUCUCAAUCUUGUGCAUUGUGGAGUGUCUCCAAGUGAGAUAGCCAUCCAGUCUCCCUACAUUGCUCAAGUUCAAUUAUUAAGAGAGAAGUUAGAAGAAUAUCCAGGGCUUUCUGGGGUUGAGGUUUCAACAGUAGAUAGCUUUCAAGGGAGGGAGGCAGAUGCGGUGGUCCUAUCGAUGGUUCGGUCAAACCCACUGGGAGCUGUAGGGUUCAUGGGCGACAGCAGGCUAAUGAAUGUGGCUAUCACAAGGGCACGCCGGCAUGUCACUGUGGUAUGUGACACCUCGACCAUUUGCCACAGCACCUUCCUCGCCCGGCUCCUCCGUCAUAUCAGGCGGUAUGGACUAGUAAAACAUGUUGCACCUGGUUCCCUAGAUGGAGUUUCCGGCCUCGGUUUCAGCCAGCCCACUCUUCCAUGUAUCAGCUAG